GACGGCGAAGGGGGCAGUGAGAGACUCUUCAAACCAGGACAGGGUAGACUGGACUUCUCGUCCCGAGGCGGGGCUGGCUUGACCUCCUUUUGGCUCCAUUUCCAUCUCCCCUCACCCUUUUCCCUUUUCCCUUCUCGUAGGUAGUGGGGGUGGGGGCGUCAGCCAGCUCUCCCUCCCCCUCUCUUUGACCCCCGACCUGAAUCUGCCCGGACCAGAGCGGAGCUGCCCACACGGCCAAGCUUGCACAGUGCUCAGGACUCCUAGCCCUUCCCUAGCAGCCACAGCUAAGAGGUGGGCGGGUACACCGCGCCCACCACCGAGAUCCCCGUCCUUCGAGCCCCAUCCCCGCCCCUCGCCCCUUAAUUCCUUAUCCUCGCCCCUGAAGCCCCCAUUUCAGGCACGCUUUCCCCAGCUCCACUCCCCACCCGCACCUCUCCAUCCUCCGUUCUUCGCUGCUCGUUUUGGAGCCCUGCUCCCCGCCCCUCACCCUCAGAGAGCCAAUCCCUUCCCCUUCGUUCCGGCACCCAGAUCUCUUUCUCACACUCCAAUAGCCUGGAUCCAGAUCUCUAACCCCAUCUACCCCUUCUCGGCCCACCUCCUUUCUACCCGGAGCACCUAGAAUUCCCUUCUUCUUCCUCUCCCUCCUGCUCUUUCCUUCUCUCCUUUCCCCUCCCUUCUUUCUCCUCUUUCUCCUCCUUCCCUCCCUCCCUCUCCUUCCCCUCCUUCUUUCUCCUCCCUUUCUCCCUCCCCUUCCCUCCCUCCCUCCCUCCGCCGCCUUUCCUCCUCCUCUCUCCGACCGAUAAUUCAUUCUCUCCACCGGAGCCAGCCAGUCUGGGUGUCGCGGGAGGACUGGGGGCGAGGAGGAGGAGGAAGAGGAAGAGGUCCACUGUCUUUCUUGGGGAGAGAAGGAGUUUUCAUUUAUCAAAUUGUGAUCAAGAACUUCAAAAUGUCACAGUUGCAAGAGACCACAGAAGUCAUCCUAGUCCAAGGGUUCUUAACCUCAGAUGAGGAACUUCAGAGAUACGAAAUGAAUUGCUGACUGUCAAACAGCUACUGAGAACAUCUGGUCCUCCCCUUACCCCCAGCCCUGUGGGUCAGGGACUGAGCCAGGUCUCCUGACUACAUGACCACCUAAAGAAAGUCUGGAUCAGAAGCUGAGCCUCCAAACAGGCCUGUGAGUCAAGAAGGCCGGGGAUCAUCCCCAUUUUACAGGUGAAGAAGCCAAGAUUCAGACUAAAUGACCACACAAGCCCAGGGGCCACACAGCAAUUGAGAGGCCAAGCCAGGACUAGGAUUGAGUUUGGACCAUGGGGAGUAGCAAAAGCAAACCCAAAGACCCCAGUCAGCGACGCCGAAGCCUGGAACCCCCUGAGAGUGUCCUCCACACUGGCUUCCCUGCCUCUCAGACCCCCAACAAGGCAUCUGUGCCUGAUGCCCACCGUACUCCUAACCCACCCUUUGGGACCACAGCACCUGAGCCAAAGCUCUUCGGAGGCUUCAACACAUCAGACACAGUCACCUCCCCCCAGCGCUCAGGGCCUUUGGCAGGUGGGGUGACCACUUUUGUAGCCCUAUAUGACUAUGAAUCCCGCACUGAGACAGACCUGUCCUUCAAGAAAGGGGAACGCCUACAGAUAGUCAACAACACGAGAAAAGUGGAUGUCAGCCAGACCUGGUUCACAUUCAGAUGGCUCCAAAGAGAGGGAGACUGGUGGCUGGCCCACUCACUCACCACUGGACAGACUGGCUACAUCCCCAGCAACUACGUAGCCCCAUCUGAUUCCAUCCAGGCUGAGGAGUGGUACUUUGGCAAGAUCACCCGUCGGGAGUCUGAGCGGCUGCUGCUUAAUUCGGAGAAUCCCCGAGGCACAUUUCUGGUGCGGGAAAGUGAGACCACCAAAGGUGCCUAUUGCCUUUCUGUGUCUGACUUCGACAAUGCCAAGGGCCUCAAUGUGAAACAUUACAAGAUCCGAAAGCUGGACAGUGGCGGCUUCUACAUCACCUCCCGCACACAGUUUAACAGCCUGCAGCAGCUUGUGGCCUAUUAUUCCAAACAUGCUGAUGGCUUGUGCCACAGACUCACCAAUGUCUGCCCGACAUCCAAGCCACAGACCCAGGGCCUGGCUAAGGAUGCCUGGGAGAUCCCCCGGGAGUCCCUGCGGCUGGAAGUGAAACUGGGUCAGGGCUGCUUUGGAGAAGUGUGGAUGGGGACCUGGAAUGGCACCACCAGGGUGGCGAUAAAGACCCUGAAGCCUGGCACUAUGUCCCCAGAAGCCUUCUUGCAAGAAGCACAAGUCAUGAAGAAGCUUCGGCACGAGAAACUGGUGCAGCUGUAUGCUGUGGUAUCUGAGGAGCCCAUCUACAUCGUCACAGAAUAUAUGAACAAGGGGAGCUUGUUGGACUUCCUUAAAGGUGACAUGGGCAAGUAUCUUCGGCUGCCACAGCUGGUGGACAUGGCUGCUCAGAUUGCAUCUGGAAUGGCUUAUGUGGAAAGGAUGAACUACGUCCACCGAGACCUCCGGGCUGCCAACAUUCUGGUGGGAGAGAAUCUGGUAUGCAAGGUGGCUGACUUUGGGCUGGCCCGGCUUAUUGAGGACAACGAGUAUACUGCCAGACAAGGUGCCAAAUUUCCCAUCAAAUGGACAGCCCCAGAAGCUGCCCUGUACGGCCGGUUCACCAUCAAGUCUGAUGUGUGGUCCUUUGGAAUCCUGCUGACUGAGCUGACAACCAAGGGUCGAGUGCCAUAUCCAGGGAUGGUGAACCGGGAGGUGCUGGACCAGGUUGAGCGAGGAUACCGGAUGCCCUGCCCACCAGAGUGCCCUGAAUCCCUGCAUGACCUCAUGUGCCAGUGCUGGCGAAAGGACCCUGAAGAACGGCCCACCUUCGAAUACCUGCAAGCAUUCCUGGAGGACUACUUCACAUCCACAGAGCCCCAGUAUCAGCCUGGGGAGAACCUAUAGAGUUGGGCUGGGGCCCUGGUGCCAAAGACUCCCUCUUGUCCCUCAGGAUUACCCUGAGGGCUUGCUGGGCCAGAGGCCUAUCCAGCUGAGACCAUGGUGCUGUAGCUAUGGUGGGCUCUUCCCGGAUCUUGGGCAAUGGGCCACUUCUUCCCCCCCCCCUUGCCUAGCCAAAGGGACUUGGUCACCCCUUCCCUGCCAACAGUGAUGAUGACUUUGCCCUAAGUUGAGCAGCAGUGAGGUGGUGGCCCUAGAGCUGCCAGUGAUGGAGCUGAAGGGCUGAAUGUCUGAGCCUUAGGCCUACUCUACCAUGGGCAUUCCAGCCCCUAGCCUCCCUCUGCUCAUUGGGAGGACGGAGGGACCAGAUUCUUGGAGCAGCAGAUCUCAGGCUAACGGUUCAGCACUGAAGAUCAGCGUGGGCACUGAAGACCCCUUUUCUUUCCCUAGCUAUCCCUUGUCACUCACUACUCCCCAUCCCCCCCCCAAAAAAACCCAAUCCCUUUCCUUGUUGUUUGGUGUUAUCAGCCAGCCCAGCAACAGGUUCUUAUGGAAGAAAGAGCUUGGGCAUUUCUUGGGUGGAUAAGGGAUGGUCAGAGCCUUUUCUGUUCACACCUGAAAAUGGAACAGCCCUUCUGAGCCACAUCUAGCUCAGCCCAAAGGGCCUUGAGCCUGCCUAGAUGAGGGAAAGACCCAUGUCUGGCUCAGUGCAAAUCAGGUUGCAGAUAUCAGUCUUCCAGUCCCCGUCCAGUCUAGUCUCCUUUCUUCAACAGUUAACACUGUAGGACUCGUCCAUUAGAAAAUCAUUUUGAAGCUAUCUUGUUGACAUUUUCUGAAACCUCAUGUUGAGGACUCUCUUCUUCCCCUUGAAACUGGUUGAACAAUCCUGGUGGAUGCUUUCUCUGAGACCCCUCCCAUUUAAUGUUUGGCUGUGGUCAGCAACCUUGGCUCAGUACCUAUCAAACCCUUUCCCCCACAUCUUUUUCCUGAUUUAUUUAUUCCCAGCUUCUAGCUCGUGAGCUGUCCAAAGAUCCCCUUUUCCAAGUUGAAGAGCCACUCUAACCUGGAAGUCCUACAGGGCUGCAGGGCUGAUUCCUCUCUUGCCCUUCACUCAUAUUCUUCCCUGCCAAUCCAUGGGGGUAAGAAGUCUUUCUGAACCUAGCCAUUAUGCUUGAUACCUCUUCAGGGAAGGUUAGCCCAGGAGUCCCCUUUGCGUUAGAGUUGGCCUUUUUGUUUUUCCCCAUGAGGGACUAUAUCUAACAGACUUCCAAGGGGAUUUUGGAGGACCCGACCUGUCAUAGUUUUCACUCUCCACCUCAUCAUAGAGCAGCGAUGUGUUCUGAUCCUUUGGGGCUGCAGGCUUUAAAAUGACAGUUUCCAAUCUUCCUUCCCUCCUUCCAAACCAGUGCAGUAUCUCCAGGGUUAUAAAUGGAAUGCCUGCUUAGCCCUGGGCUCCAUCAUUAAAGGCUGGCAAGGAAUCCUCACUUGAUCCCUUCCAUGCUUUCCACUCCUUCCCCCACCUCAACAAAGCUCUUCCAGAGUGGGGCUCCUAAGUCGGGGAGGAAGGAAGUAGAAUGGGGGAAGAGCCAGAAGAGCCUGGUUUUUAUCACAGGGGUAGGACAGGGCUGGAGACCGGUCAGCAGCAGCUACGUCCAUCCGUGUUCUCUUCCUAUUCUGAACUCAGUACCUGCUGUUUUUAAAGAUUUUUUUCCAGUUAUGAUCAGGUGACUUCACACUCUCAACACAAUACGAUGCCACAGAAUAUCAGAGCUAGAUCAAGUCUAACGACCCUGUCUUACAGGGGAUGAAAUUGAGGCCCAAAAGAGGGCGAAAGAACUUUUCCCAGAUCACAAGGUGAAUGAGUGACAGAGUUGGGACCUAAGAAACCUGAAGCAUCACAAUAGGCUAAGAAUCUGGCGGCCUUUAAGGCUGUUUCCAAAGUUGAGAAGGUGAUGGUCUUUGUCCCCUGGGAGAUGGGAACAGAAGCAAUGACAAAGAUGACCAGCUACACCCUCACCCCCUCCAAGGUGGUGCACGCCAGAUCAUCCUUUGCACCAAAUGACCAGAGAUGUGGUGGUUGAGAGAGAAAUCGGGGAAAGGGGGGGAGAAAGGGUUUGGUGUCUUUUUUUUGGGGGGGGGGGGAGGGUUGUUUUUUUUCAUAGUCUCAGAGUUGGAAGUGACCUUAGAAGUUCUCUAGUCCAACCCCCUGUCAGUAUCCCUGCUUGGAAACCUCCAAUGGCAGGAAACUUGCUACCUUGAAGAUAAUUUAGACAUGUCAACAGAAUUUGGACCUGCUCUUUCAGCUCAUGAAGCAGGAGAAAAGUGGUGGGGCCUGCCUGAAGGAAUCUAAAAUCUGGUGACAGAAAUAGCUGUCAAAGAUAAGGGCACCUAGCCCCAGAGUCUUCCCUGGGUCACGACACAGUGUGGAAGGGGCCUUGCAUUUCUUAUUGACCCUGAAGGCUCACUGCCAUUUUUGGCUAGGUCUUCCUCAUUCCUAUCCCUCCUUCACCCCCCCCCCCACCCCUAACCUCCCAUCUUCCCAUCAAGCUUGUCUUUCCGGGCACAGACCCUGACAAGGUUGUUAGUGCUGAUGGCAACAGGGGGUGGAGGGAGCAGCAUUUCCUCAGAAACCUCACUUUGCAAGAGAGGUCCUCAAAAGAUUGGAAAGCCAAGGUUGGCAUGUGUGCGUGUAUGUGGGUGCAUGUGUGUAGCUGUGUGUCCAUAUUUAACAUGUAAAAAAUCCUUUGGGGAACAUUAUACAUUACCUUCUUCCUAUUUCACAACCCCCAGUGGUAGACCCAGUCAGUAAUCCCUCCCACCUCUCAGUAGCAUAGCAAUAAUGACCACAGGCACCCUGGGGUUCACUUGCCCAGUCCUGGGUCAGCCCAGUGCCUGGGGCUGCACACCUGGGGCUAACCUCUCCAAUCUCCGCACCAGUCAGCUGAGAAUGCAGGCUCAGGCCCAAGGAGCCCCAGGAGGUGGCUGUGAUUCCUUGUGCCCAUCAGGCCUUGUCUACAAGGAAGGGCAUUGGCAACGGCCUCCCUAGAUGCCCCAGCCAGUUCUGAGGGCUUCACCACCACUUCCAUUCUUCAAUCCCCCCCUCCUCCCCAAGCCAAUAAAGAGGCAAUUUGUUACCUAAUGAGACUGUACCAUGACAACUGCUGUCACUGUCUGGAUGCUCUGUAGCAUUCCUGUCCUUCUGCAGAACUCAGCCCCUUGCUACAAGAGGUUCUGAAGCUGUCAUUUUUUAAAACAGUGUUUUGUAAAUUCCAGAUGACUAUGCAGAGACCUUGGGGUCUCUCACCUUCACCUUGGUCUGCUUGUGUAGCUUUCAGCCUUGGUGGGGGGUGGGGAGGGAGGGAUGUUUUGAGAAUUGCAAAAAGGCGGUUUGUAAAUACUUUGCA